AGGAAUCACCAAUAUUUAAAUAUGGGUUUAAAUCGGUCUGGGUUGUUCUAGAAACCUGUCAACGCGUUCGGUUUCAUCAUUUAAACAUAUUCUCCUUCCAGUUGUUUCUUUCUUCAACCGAGAUAUUCGAUUUCGUAUCUCUCUCUCAUUCAUCGUGUAGAUUUAACAUUCAUGGCUUUGAAUCCUCAACUGUUCCCAAAUGGAAUGCCAGUUCCUUUCAUCAACGAGGUCUUCGUAUUGGCUAGAGACGGCGUCGAAUUCGACGUCGACAAGAUUCCUACCGCUGGAAGUCACGGGGGUCAUCUCAAAGCAAAGGGGAUAAUCUAUUUGUCAAAUAUACGGAUGGUUUUCGUUGCUAAAAAUCCUGUUGACGGCCUUUAUGCUUUUGAUAUGCCUUUGCUGUACAUCAAUCGUGAAAAAUUUAACCAACCUAUAUUUCACUGCAACAAUAUUUCUGGACUUGUUGAUCCCGUAGUCCCAGAUGACCAACACAGAGCACUUUACUCAACACACUCAUUUAAGAUCCUAUUCAAAGAGGGAGGGUGUGGAACCUUCAUUCCACUUUUCUUCACUUUGAUUGCUUCAGUGAGACAGUAUAAUCAACAGUAUAGUCAACGUGCUAAUGUGCCGACAGAAUCUCGUGUGGAUCCGUUGCAGGCAUCUCAGACUCCUGUCGAUGAGAUGAUGAGACAUGCGUAUGUUGAUCCUAAUGAUCCAACAAGAAUAUUUCUGCAGCAACCAAAUGCUGAUUCUCAGCUUAGGCGCCGAACAUAUCAGCCACAGGCAGAUGGAGGCCAUGUUUGAUUCGGAAAUUGCACUAUCCUCACCUUUUAAUGCAAGAUAUGUUUAUAUGGAUAUUGUGUAUUGAUAUGAAAAUAAAUAAAAAUCAUGAGGGAACUAUUUCUCAUGUAUGAUUAGCAACUAAUAUUUUAUUUGUAAAAAUAUUUUGGUAUCUUUUUAUAAUGUUAAUCUUUUUUUUAGACAACA